AAUAUUACAUUUAUUAUUAAGUCAUGCUCUGACAUAUGAGGUAGCUGCCGUCGCUUAGAGAAAUUAAGAUGACAUAUUCUAAAAUUUAUUUCGAAGCUCUUUACUUUGUUAUUGUCGAUUAAAAAUGUUAAUUUUUAUACAUGAUUGAUAAUAAGUUAUAUUAUAUUAUCGUCACAUCAUUGGUUUAACCUAUAGAACUAUCAAUAAUAGAAGGGUUAUAUUAAUUUUCUCAAUUAAUUUAAUUCUUAUAAAAUUAUGUUAGUUGAUUUAAAGAGACUUCAAUUAAAGAGUCAUUAUUACAAACAUUUUGUUUCAUUAGUUACAAACUAUUUUUCAAAAAUAGCUUAUCAAAAUAGACAGAUGGAGAAAUUUAAGUUACCUGAUCGGUAUAAAUCAGGAGAAUAUAAUGUUUGGAUUGAAUUUAUUGGUUUAGCAAUGGAAUAUAAACCUGUAAAUUUGGGCCAAGGAUUUCCUGAUUACAAUCCACCAUCUCGAUUUUCUCAGUAUUUAUCUGAAGUAGCCAACAAAAGUGGUUUAUAUAACCAAUACACUCGUGGAUUUGGCCAUAUACGUUUAGUGAAUGCAUUAUCGAAGCUAUACUCUAGCUUAGUCGGGCAUUCAAUUAAUCCAACUUCUGAAGUAUUAGUGACUGUUGGUGCUUAUGAAGCUUUAUAUUGUGCAAUUCAAAGUCAUUUGGAACCUGGAGAUGAAGCUAUUAUCAUUGAGCCAUUUUUUGAUUGUUAUGAACCAAUGGUUCGCAGUGUUGGAGGCAUUCCUAGAUUUAUAUCUUUAAAAAAUACAAAAAUAAAUGCUUCAAUUUCUCAUUCAAGUGAUUGGAAGCUAGAUCCAGAAGAGUUAAAAUUACUUUUCAAUUCAAAAACUAAAUUAAUAAUUAUUAACACACCACAUAAUCCACUAGGAAAAGUCUUCGAUUUGGAGGAACUAACAAUGAUUGCAGAUCUUUGCAAAAAACAUAAUGUUCUUUGUAUAUCUGAUGAAGUAUAUGAAUGGUUGGUGUAUGAGCCUUCUAAACAUAUAAGAAUGGCUUCACUUCCUAAUAUGUGGGAACGAACAAUCACAAUUGGAUCUGCUGGGAAAACAUUUAGUAUGACAGGUUGGAAACUUGGUUGGGCAUAUGGUCCAGAAAAUAUUAUGAGAAAUCUUCAAGUUCUUCAUCAAAUUGCAAUUUAUACAUGUGCUACUCCUGUGCAAGAGGCUGUAGCUAAAGGAUUUGAACAUGAAAUCAAUAACCUCAACACCCCUGAAAGUUAUUUUCAAGGAAUUUCUAAAGAGUUAAAACCAAAGUUAAACUUUACCGCUCAAAUAUUAGCAAAUAAUGGUUUUAAACCUGUUAUACCUGAUGGAGGAUAUUUUAUGAUAGCAGAUUGGACUAACUAUGAGAAAAAAAUUGAUAUUAGCUCUGAAAUAGACAAGUAUAAAGAUUUCAAAUUUGUCAAGUGGUUAGUUAAAAACUUCAAAUUACAAGGCAUUCCAUUUUCAGUUUUUUUUUCUGAACAAAAUAAAGAUUGGGCUUCCGAUUAUUUACGGUUUUGUUUUUUUAAGAAAGAUGAAACUCUUAAGCAAUUUGAAGAAAUUGCUACUAAGUUUAGCAACACUAUUUCUCAAAAAUCACCAUCUAAUAAACUCUAAUAUUAUAUCAAAUAUUUUAUAAGACAUAGAUUUUUAUUUUAUUCAUGUUUAUAAUUAUUAAACAAAUGUUUUUUUUUAAUUAAAUAUUAAUUGUUACUAAUUUCAUAACUUAAAAUUUUGUUAAACAUUCGGUUUUCACAAAAUAUAUAAUUGUAUGAAUUACAAAUUA